AUUCGUUCUGGACAUUUCGUGUUAAGUGCUCGACCUGGAAGGAUAACGUUUCUAACAGUCGGUUUUCCCUUGUUGUGUUGAGCACUUCUGUGGACUUGAGUUUUCAUAGUUUAUAGUAAUCAAUAAUAGCUAGAACUGUUUUGAAGGAACUCUCAAUGAAUGUGAAGUGAUGUGCUUGCAACGCCAAGGAAGCCUUUUCCGUUAAUCUACCACACAUUUUAAGGAUUACUCAAAUUAGCUCUGCCGGACUUGCCGGUGAACCAAUAAAUCCACGUCAGGAAAUAUCGAUUAGGAGCACGAGAGCCCGCUUUUUUCACACUUUGGUCACUUCAUGAAGUUUUAAUUCAUUUGACAUAGUGCCCUUCAGUGCAUACAGGAGAAAGCCAUUACAAAAGCUCCAUUAACUGGCUCUAUUCCCUUCCAUUGAGGAGAUUUUUCGUGCCCGAUAAGAAACUAAAAUUUCCACUAUGAAACUACAUGAAACUCAAGACUACCGACGUAUGGUGAAAACGGAGAAAGUAUGUGAAGGACUAACGAUCCUCUAAAGCAAACUUUUGUUCCACAUACUCGCCUUGGCCAGCGCUUUUGCAAUUUACACUUCUCCGAAAAGAAAAGUGAGAAAAAAUGUCGACAGCAGUAGUGGACGCGCAGUCUAUUGAAGUACUACCAACAUCGACCGUUAGUAAGGAGCCUGUGAAUCUCGUCCUGCCUGACUCACAAGACGUGUCAAACGUUGAUUUUUUGGUUUCGAACGGGCAAUUAACCACGGUAGUGAGUCCUACACAAGCAUUUCAAGUUAUUAAUCACGAUUUUCUGGCACCGGCCAUCUCCAAGCCUAAUGCCAUUGUAAGACCGUUACGGCGCGAUGAUCCAAUGAAUGAUUCAAAAUUAAUUGCCUACGUGGAGUCUCAAAUUGUCAAGACUAGUCCAAUCGAUCAAUUUACUAAGGAGCUCGAUACGAAACUACGACGACUUAAAACGGAGAAUAAAAGUAAAUCCUCAUCGAAAAAUGGCAGCAAUCAGGAAAACAUAUGUAAACGUCCCAUAUUUAUUACAACUGUCCCAAAAGGGAUAUUCCUGCAACCUCCCACAGAGCUACGAGUGCCUUCCAGACGGGUCUAUGCAUAUUCGUCGAAACCGAGAAUCUUCACUAAUCGAUAUGGACAUGCGAAGGACAAGUGCCAUAUUAGCCGAGUCGAGAAGGAUAUUCUUAAUGCUGUGGCCGGUGUACGGGCCUUUACUCGUAAUCAUGCUCAAAACACAGAAAGGGAAACCCAGCCAAGCGAGCCAUACAAAAAUAUAAUGCAUGAUAAACGUGUGGUGCGGGGAAGUAAUUUCAGCCAAUUGCAAACAAUUGCACCGUGGAAUCCGUAUUUUGCAUAUGCGGGGCUCCUGUCUGGCAAGGGUGAAGGUGAUUGCUUCAAAGAAGCAGAAGCCCGACGCCGUAAUGUCCUUCGCAAGAAAGUUGUACGCAAUCAGAGAGGAGUUAUUGGGACUCCACCACCCGUAUGUGGCCGCAAACAUGAAGACGUCCAAACGGACAAGUAUCUUGAGGAGUUAUUUGAAAAGCCACCGGAAAUCGAGAUCGGAUGCCAAACUGAUCUGUUCUUGUAUCGCCCACCGUCCCCACCAUUCGUACCAAGCAAGGUUGGGGUUGAUGUGGAGACGCAGAUCUACGACGGAGAUCUAUUCGAUUUCGAUGUAGAAGUACAACCAAUACUGGAAUCUCUUGUCGGACAUACUAUUGAACAGGGACUAGUGGAAAUUCUACACGAAGAGGAACUUGCAUACAUUCAGUACAAGAAAGAAGAACUCCUGGCUCUCCGCGAAACCGAUUUGGCUGAGGUUCGACGUCUUCAAGCCGAGGAAGCCCGCUUCACAGCUGAAAGACACCGCCGAAUCCGCCAAGAUUCAAUUGCCAAGAAUCUAGAUGCUGAGAUGCAAGAUAAAGUGACAGCAGCCCGACUCUUGCAGGGACACAUUGCAAAUCUAGUCCCAGCUGUUCUAAAGCAACUCGAACCUUUGAACGAGGCUGAAAACCGAGAGGAACUCGAACGUAAAUUGUGCCCAUGGCUAACGCAGCAAGUUGCUGAAGAAGUUGGCCAUAUGAUCGACUCUCGCGAAAUUCUUACAGCCAUCGUCAAGGAAAUACUUCUUCAAAGGGCCGAAAUGUACGAUCCUGAUUUCACGCUCGCUUCUUCAGAAGGAAUGCUUGUUUGUGUUGAAGAAAAUGAUACAGCCUCUGCAGGAUCUCCUACUUUAAGCGAGCUGAGUCAAGUUGAUGAGGAUCCCAUUGCUAAUGAUUAUGAAGCAUCAGCUGCACCUACUCCUCAAAUAAACGUAACUAGUGAAGCAAGUGACAAACUUGAUCUCGAGCAGGAGCCCGAGAAGUAAGAAAAUACUGAACGGUGAAUGUGAUAUUAAAUGUUGGCGAAAUAGGCGGCGACAAAUUUCGACAUUGUUGAUCAUUUUACUUCAAUUUUGUUGUUGUUUCGGUGAAAAAGGGCGGGAAGGAUCAAGCAAUUAUUCCACUGUACGCAAAAUCUACUUUUUAUACUGCAUAUCCAGAUACGUAUGAAAGGCAUUUUAAAAGUCAAGAAGCUCACAUCAAAUUCAAUCGGUAGAUUAGUAAUAUUAAAACAUUACUACGAGUUAAAUUUAACAAAAAUUAUCAGACAUCUAUAUUUAAUCGUAUGGAGAUAUUGGAUCCUGUGUAGCAACUGACAUACUUAAAAGCGUUAAUAUUCGUAAAAAUGAAUCAUUAUUUGUGGAAAGGGCAAAGCAAAUAUGACAGUGACACAAAUUCCUAUGAUUUGGCUUGCAUUUUCCACAAAAGAUUGAAAUUGCUCAGUCCCUAUGUUGUUGUUAAUAGUUUCGUAUUUUUAAAAUAAAUGUAAAAUUGCA